AUGCGCGAUGCGGGCGAGGUUGAGGUGGCACAAGAUGUGCAUGUCGCCCCUGAGGUGGAGGAGUGGGUCAAGCCUUUGUAUGCAAGCACCACAGAUGAUGAAGAGGCGGCAAAGGUGGCGGAUGCUGAGGAUUUUGGGGACCUUCCUAAGGAGGAGGAGGAGGAGGAGGAGGAGGAGGAGGAGGAGGAGGAGGAGGAGGAGGAGGAGGAGGAGGAGGAGGUGGAGGAGGGGGAGGAGGAGGAGCAAGUAGAGGAGGGAGAGGUGGUGGAGGAUAAGGAGGACGAGGAGGAGGAGGAGGGUGGGCUGGAGGAGGAUGUGGACGAAGAGUGA